GAAUCUUCUAUGCCGCCUAACCCACCGAAUUCAGUGACAAUCAAAUGUCACUUACCACGGAUAGAUUUUUACCGAGGGCUUACCGUCUAUUCUUCGGUGGAACGGCAUGUGACAGUUCAGUUAGGGCUUGGUUCAAUUUUCGAAGUCUCCGCACCUGGAACGGAAGUUGAACGAAUUUUCAUUUUAGAAUACUAUACAAUUUGACGUUGCACAGAAUGAAGUUCACGACAGAAACUUUCUCUCGAUGUGCAGCACGACUCGGAUUUUUGUCAGAUCUAGAGAGAAUACCUGACGUCGUAUUGGAAACUCCGUUAUUAAUGCUUUACACGAAGCGAGGCAGCAUUCCACAUGUGACCAAAGAUGUAUUGGAAAUGAUUACCACAGAAAAACAAUUACUAACACUCUCUUUACCCACAACGUUCACCAUGGUUGAUCCCGUUGAGAAAACCGAAUCAAUUGCUGAUUUCAUUGGAAUGAAGGAAUAUCCUGUAUUUCUCACAAUCCAAGAUCCAGCGGUAGCCAUUACUUCUGGCUACAACGAAAAGGACGCUGUUGCAUUAUGGACGAGGCAUGGGAAGCAAAUAAUCACUCCGGAUGAAUACAUGGACUUGGUGGAGGCGUUCAAGCCUGAUCUUUACAUGACAUUAUGCGACGGCGAUACAGAUAUGAACAGCAGCUCGAAAAGAAUCAGGAAGUCCGUCGAACGCAGUAAAAAAAUGUUCGAAAGAUGCUUGCAUAGACAUAACUCGUCCGCAGUGCUUGGAAAAAAGGGCCUACUGGGAGCUAUCGAGGGAGGGUAUAGCAUAGAAGCCAGAACACUUUCUGUACAAACUUUUGCCGGUGAAGAUCUAGCUGGAUUUGUCAUUGACGGACUUCAUAAAAACGGUCCGCUGACGGAGAACAUAAAGUUCACAUCGAUAGAAAAUGUCAUCAAACACACUAUUAACUUAUUACCAGAAGACAAAAUGCGAGUUUCAACGGGCAGUUGGAACCCUGAGACAGUCAUAAACCUAGUCGAUAUGGGGGUGGAUCUAUUUGAUUCAUCGUACGCUUAUUUCAUCACCGAACGUUCUUGCGCUCUGACUUUCCUGUGCCAACAUUCCGAAGCCAACGAGUCAGCUAUGAUAUCGAUUGCGGAGACUAGGUACGCCGAUGACUUUUCGCCCAUAUGCCGAGUGUGCGAAUGUCUAACCUGUAAAAAUCACACGAGAGCGUAUCUGCAUCAUUUACACCACACUAAAGAGCUCUUGGAACGAGUUCUCCUGAUGAUACACAAUACGCACCACUGUCUACAAUACUUCAAAGAAAUUCGCGAGAGUUUGAAAAGCGGCACCUUCCAAGAUUUAAAGUACAGGAUUCACGGGAAAUUUUCCAAAAGUGUUUAGGAGAAUCGAAAUCUUCGUAUUGCAAUGGAAAUGGAUAUGACAGGAAAUAAAAAUAUAUUUUGAA